GCUUUCUGUCUGCUGUGGUAUAGCUGUGGGUUGUGGUGGUUGCGGCUUGUCGCUUGUGGUUUUUCCGUCUCGUAUGGUCGUGAUCCUGACAACGAGUCGUCAUGAAGAAGCGCUUUCACGGCAAGAGUAGAGGAGGCAAAUAUUCGGCGGGCCGCGUAAACAAGCAAGAGCGGCUGAGCUGCGAUGACACCUCGGACCCGAGACCGGAGAGAGACUCCGACGAUGACGACAAGGGCGAGGAGAGAGUGCGUUGGCCCUUCUCGGCGGCUAUGUGGGAGUUGGGCCACUGCGAUCCCAAGCGAUGCACCGGACGCAAGCUAGCGCGCAAGGGUCUCGUGCGGCUGCUGCGACUGGGGCAGCGAUUUCCCGGAGUCGUGCUCACGCCGUCGGCUACCCGCUGCUUGUCACCCGAGGACAGGGAAGUGGUGUCACAGCAUGGCGUGGCACUUGUCGACUGCUCAUGGGCACGGCUUGAUGAGGUGCCGUUCAGUCAGAUGCGUGGAGGCCAUCCACGACUGCUGCCCCAUCUCGUGGCUGCAAACCCUGUCAACUACGGCCGACCCCUACAGUUGUCGUGCGUCGAGGCAUUGGCUGCUGCCUGCUACAUCACAGGCUUUGAGCAACUAGCGAGAGAGUGUCUGAGGCCCUUCAAGUGGGGGCAUGCCUUCCUGGAGCUUAACGAGGAGCUUCUGGAAGCCUACAGUGCAGCCGCUAAUGGCGCGGCUGUCCUGGAGAUACAGCAACGACAUUUGGACCAGGCUCGCUGGGACAGACAAAACCGAGGCAAGCUUCUUUCCUUUCAAGGAACACUAAAAUAAAUGCUGGAGGUUAAC